AUGGCGGAGUCUUCCGCAAACUCACUCGCCCCGACCUCGGCCGCUACCUCGAACGAGCCCUCGAGGGCUUCCACGCCCGCAAAUGCCCCUGUGGAGAAGGCGCCAGAUGAGGGCAGCAAACUCAAGACCUUUUUGGGCGUGUUGAGGAGGUUUAUCGGCGUGUCUGAUCUCGCCGCCGUGCGUUUUUCUCUCCCAGCGCAACUUUUGGAGCCCACACCGAAUCUUGAGUACUGGAAUUACCUGGACAGGCCGGAGACGUUCAUCAGCAUCGGAGACUCGGACGAACCUCUCGGGCGCAUGCUGGGAACCCUGCGCUUUUGGUUCACAAAGGACUUGAAAUACGUCAAGGGCAAGCCGUGCAAACCCUACAAUUCCACACUCGGCGAAUUCUUCAGGUGUACAUGGGAUGUGGAAGACACACAACCGCAACUCAAACAUGCACCAAACUCGAAGCCCUCAAGUAGCACCAGCAGCGUUGCCGGCGAUAAGCGCGUGAAGCUUUCCUACCUUACCGAACAGACCUCGCACCAUCCUCCCGUCUCCGCUUUCUACAUUGACUGCCCUGAGAAGGGUAUUUCCGCGCGAGGAUUUGACCAGCUCAGCGCGAAGUUUACGGGAACCAACAUUCGCGUUGUUGCUGGAGCACAUAACUUGGGCAUCUUCAUUACGCUGGCGAAUCGGGACAAUGAAGAGUACCAGUUGACACAUCCGGCGGCGUAUCUGGGUGGUCUGCUGAGGGGUACGUUGUCAUUCUCGUCCGAUUGCAAAACCAAAUUGCUGACUGCUACAGGCUCUCUCAGCGUCUCGGUCGCCGACUCCUGUUUCGUCACUUGCGCCAAGUCCAAGAUAAAAGUCAUUCUAGAGUACCAAGAGGAGGGGUGGCUCGGGCGGUCGCAGAACAAGGUCGUAGGUGUCAUCUUCAAAUACGACCCGAGCAACGACAACAAGACGAAGGUUAAAGACGUGGCGGAUAAGGAUGUGCUGGGGAGGAUAGAAGGCUCCUGGCAGCAAAAGGUGUACUACACACUUGGAAGCCAGCCUUUCGCGAAAACCCCUGUAUGUUUUUACCUAAAACGGAUUGCGCUGUACACUUUACUGACCCGCGUUCAGGAGAAAGACAGGAACCUCCUCAUCGAUCUUGACCCCCUCUUCGUCAUUCCCAAGAACAUUCCGCCCAUCGAAGAACAACUUCCCAACGAAUCACGCAAGUUCUGGGAAGGUGUGACCAACGCUAUCGUCAACAAGCAGUACUCGCUUGCCACGACGCUCAAGCAAGAGAUUGAGGACAAGCAAAGGAAGAAAGCAGCCGAGCGAAAAGAGACUGGAAAGGAUUGGCAGCCGCGCUUCUUCACUGGCGCCGUUACACCUGUCGGCAGACCGGACCUCACACCAGACGGCGAGGAGGCCCUCAAGCGCUUACACGAGGACAAGUACGCACUCGAGCCAAACAAGGAGUAUGCUGCGUUUUAG